AUGGCCGAUGAUGAGAAUCCAGAUGAUGGGCCAGGCCUCAUCAAGCUGGACAUGAAGAAAUGGGGCUCUGGCAGCAUGGAGGACCCUCUGCGCCACGCCGUUGGCAUGCGCACCGCCCAGGAUCAGUACAAGAUGCAGCUGUGGAACAGCUUUCCCUCGCUGUUCCAGAACACCAUCUUCCAUGGUGAGCAGGACGAGCAGGUCAAGCACCUGCGACACUCCGGGACACUUGACGAAAAACUGCAGCACGCCAAGCAGCUCAAAGAGGAAGGCAACGUGCUUCUGAAGUCUGCCAAAAGGACGCCCGAGGGGGAAGCCAGCAAAGAACGCGAAGAAGCGCAGCGAGAGCUUGACACGGCGAUCCAACAGCUGGAAGCCCAAAUCUGGGAGAAGGAAAAGGAGCUCAAGGACUUGCGGCAGCAGCUGACCUCUCUGAGGGCAAAAUCCGAACGCAGUGUUGAGCUCUUGGAGGAAGUCAUGGAAGAGGAGGAGGAGGAAGAGCGAAAAGCUCUGGAAGCAGCUGUACGGUCCUAUGAGAAAGCUGCCGGAUUGCUCAGAUACGUGGAAUGUGUUCGGCAAGACUGGAAAAACGACGACGGUUCUUACAAGGGUAUUGAAGACGACUUCCUUCGCGUGGACGAGUCGGCGCUCGACUCGCCAGAGGCCUCGGAGCUCGUGGCCUCCUGCUACCUGAACAUAGCACUUGCAUGCCAGAAGCUGUGCAAGUUCGAUGAGAUGAAGCGGGCGUGUGAUGAAGUCCUGGAGAAAGUGAAUCCAGAGAGUGUCAAAGCCCUGUACCGGCGUGCACAGGCACGCUUGGCACCCAUCUCGGCUGUAGAUGCAGAUCGUGAGGCUGCCAUGCAGGAUUUGAUGGCAGCCGCACGGUUGGCCCCCAACGACAAGGAGGUGCGGAACCUGCUAACGAAGCUACGGAAAGACAAGAAGAAGCAGGAGAUGGAGGACAAAAGCACCUUUGGAGGCCUCUUCCAGCGCGGGGAAGUAGUCAAGAACGACUACAAGGCUGAGCCACGCCGACCAGCUGCCCCAGCAAAAUGGGAUCUCAACGAUCCGAAGGCAACACACACUGGCAAGCUGCAUCUGAAGUACAAGGACUUCGACCCCCUGGACGGCACAAUCUGCUGUGGAACACAGCUGGCUUACAGCCCGUUCGGCUUCUUGGGAUGCUGCAGCGGUGGCAUGCUUUCCUUCAAGGGCCGAUGUUUCACGUACGAUGUCGCAGCGGAUGGGUAUUUGCGAGGGGAGGGCGUGUCUGGAAUCUUCCUGGAGCUCAAGGAAUUCAGCCGGGAGGUCUUUACCCUUAUGCCCGCCAGUCAGGCCAAUCAGGAUGGGCGCAGUGCGAGCAUCACGGCACCAAACGGGCCGUCACAGGAGAAGUGCAUCCGAGCGUGCUUCCGUGAGGCGAAGUACCAGCCAGCAGAGGUGGACUGCUUCGAGACCCAUGGUACAGGGACAGCGCUCGGCGACCCCAUCGAGGUUGGGGCGUUCAAGCGCAUCUAUGUUCAGUCCCCUCGAGCUCAUCCCCUCAUGGUGACGAGUUCGAAGACGAACCUUGGCCACCUGGAAGGUGGCGCAGGCAUGGCUGGCUUCAUCAAGUGCAUCUUGCAGGUCAUGCGCUGUGAGGCGAGUCCAAACAUCCACCUUCGCGAGCGAAACCCGCAUUUGGAUGUGGAAGGAUUCCCAACCCAGUUCUUGUCAGAGGGCUUGGUCACACACUACAACAGCGCGGUAACUGGCGUCAGCUCCUUCGGCUUUGGAGGCACAAACGCCCACGCCAUGGCAUUUGGGCAAAACUAUGUGACUGCCCGGGAUGUCACCAAAAAGGAUUACAGGAGCCUUAUGAUGCAGAAGAUCAUGCAGGCACUGCCGCCCGAGGUCAUCAAGCACACUCUCGAUCCUGAGGACUGGGAGACAAAUGGGGCGCCCUUGAGCGAGGACAAGAUUGGCAAGUUCUAUGAGGUAGAAGUUGAUGCUGCUGGCACGGCAGUUUGGCGUGAAGUGGUCGACACUCCGCCAGACCCGAAGGCACACAAGAGGUUUGGCCUUGCCGGAAGCUUCAAUGGCUGGAGCUGCACGACCAUGGCCGAGCUCCCAGGGCUUCCGGGUCUGUACGCGGCAGAGAUCACGAUCGGCGAGUCCGGUGUGGAGUACUUCCACAUUCUGGGAGAUGAGGAGCCUUCUCAGGUCUACUACCCGGCCCAGCCUCGCUGCAGGCGCAAGCUUGUGGACGUGAAGGGCCCGACCUCGGUCCUAGGGCACCCGGAGGAGCAUGCCUGGUGCAUCCAAGCGCAGCCAGGAUGCAGGUUCCGGAUCGAGUUCCAGAUCACGCCUCGAUCGGUGCUGGUGACUUGGCUCAGGAUCUCCGAUGAUGCGUGA